UAUUGUGAACUGGUGUUAUAGAGAGAGCGAGACUCUGAACGGACGGACCGGGCACCAACGAAAAUACAGACAGGGGAAAUAUAUCAGUCUACUAGCCUACUGCAAGAACCUGGAAGCGAGAGCUCAUCCAUCGCAUUGCGCACCAUAGAGACUGCAGGUUAGGUUCAAGAAGAACAGACAGUGACUCAGAGGAGGAUAGAUUAUUGAAGAGGAGAGAGGAGUGGAUCGGGUCUUUUCUGUUGUAAAUGUGCACGAGUCAUUCUGAUUGAGGAGAGAGGCAGGACUUAUCUGUGUCUGGGGGGAGGACCUUCGUGUCAGAUAACCAAUCAUGGAGAGGGCGAGGACGAGGGUGGGUGCAGCAGUGUUCCUGAUGCUGAUCUUGGGUCGCCUAGGCAACGCUCUGGAGGUCCCACUAGACCCAAACAUUCUGGAAGGAUUGCCGCAGCCGCCAACCAUAACUCAACAGUCCCCCAAGGAUUACAUCAUCGACCCUCGGGAGAACAUCGUCAUCCACUGUGAGGCCAAAGGGAAGCCACAUCCCAGCUUCUCGUGGACCAGGAACGGGACCCACUUUGACAUUGACCAUGAUCCCAAGGUAACGAUGCGACCCCACUCUGGUACCCUGGUGGUGGACAUCAGUGGGGAGAAGGCUGAGACGUACGAGGGAAUCUACCAAUGUACAGCCAGAAACGAACACGGGGCCGCAGUGUCCAACAAUAUCGUCAUCAGACAGUCCAGGUCCCCCUUGUGGUCAAAGGAGAGGAACGAGCCAAUCAGAGUUCAGGAGGGCGUGUCUCUAGUGCUACAGUGCCGGCCCCCUGCUGGCCUGCCACCUCCCAUCAUCUUUUGGAUGGACUUCAACUUCCAGAGACUGCCUCAGAGCAGCCGCGUGUUCCAGGCGUUGAACGGAGACUUGUACUUCUCCAACGUUCUGAAGAAGGACUCGAGGAACGACUACAUCUGUUAUGCCCGCUUCCCUCACACACAGACCAUCCAGCAGAAACAACCCAUCACCCUCUCAGUGCUCAACCUGGAUGCAAUCAAUGAGACUGUUGCUGCUUUAUUCAAUGAAACUGAUUUUUUUAGUGACGGCUCUGCGGAGGAGAGGAAACCCACCUUCCUCAUCCCUUCUGGCUCCAGCAGCUCCAAGAUGGUGCUGAGAGGACAGGUUCUGGAGUUGGAGUGCAUCACGGAAGGACUUCCCACUCCAGAGGUCUCGUGGAGUAAGCUGAGCGGGGAGUUCCCUGACAACCGUACCUCCAUCCUGCACUUCCAGAAGUUACUGCGUAUCGUGAACGUGUCCGAGGCCGACGCCGGAGAAUACCACUGCACCGCCCACAACCGCCUGGCCUCUGUGCUCCACACCAUCCGCGUCACCGUCAAAGCGGCACCUUACUGGAUCAGUACCCCCAGGAACCUGGUGCUGGCCCCCAGAGAGAAGGGUCUGUUGAUCUGCAGGGCCAGUGGUACUCCCAAACCCACCAUCACCUGGGCCAUGAACGGCAUCCCCAUAGAGAAUUCACCUGAGGACCCCAAUAGGAAGGUGGAGGGUGACACCAUCAUCUUCGAGGAAGUCCAGACUGGAUCCAGUGCAGUCUAUCAGUGCAACGCAUCCAAUGAAUAUGGAUAUCUGCUGUCCAAUGCCUUCAUCAACGUUCUUUCUGAAACCCCCAGAGUACUGACUCCAGCUAACAUGGUCUACCAGGUGAUCCGAAACAACCACGCCUUUCUGGACUGUUCCUCCUUCGGCUCGCCCAUCCCCAAAAUCACAUGGUUUAAGGACAGCCAGUCCAGCACCCUGGAAGGGGACCCCUACUUGCUGCAUGAAAACGGGACUCUGGAGAUAUAUGUGGCCCAGGCCCUCAACAGUGGGCAGUAUACCUGUGUGGCCAGGAACACUCUGGGCAUCGCUGAGAAUCAUGUCUAUCUGGAGGUCAAAGAGCCAACUCGUAUCCUGAAGCAGCCGGAAUACAAGGUGUCCCAGAGAAAUAGGAACGUGGUGUUUGAGUGUAAAGUAAAACACGACCCCACCCUCAUCCCCACCAUGACCUGGCUCAAAGACAACGGAGAGCUACCCGACGACGAGAGAUUUCUGGUGGACUCUGACAGCCUGACCAUAACAGAUGUGACAGAGAAUGAUGCGGGAACUUACACCUGCAUAAUGAAUACUACUCUGGACCAGGACUCUGCCAGCGCUGAGCUCACGGUCGUCGAGGCAACUCCUACUCCAGCUGUCAUCUACGAACAACCAGACCCUCCUACUGACCUGGAGCUGACUGACCUGAAACCCAAGAGUGUCCAGCUCACCUGGAUACCUGGAGACGAACACAACAGCCCUAUUCACAAGUUUGUGAUCCAGUACACAGACUCUCUCCACCAACAUGGCCACUGGCACAACCUGACGGAUGUCCCGGGUAGCAAGACCACGGCCUUCCUCAAACUGUCCCCUUACGUUCACUAUACCUUCAGAGUCCUGGCCCUGAACGCUGUGGGUCUCUCCAACCCCUCCAAACCUUCCCACAUGUACAAGACCAACCCUGCAGCUCCAGAUGAGAACCCCAGUGGAGUUGAAGGUUUUGGAACUGAACAUGACAACCUUAUGAUAUUGUGGAAGCCAAUGUCAGGCCUCCAGGCUAACGGUCCAGGCCUGCAGUACAAGGUGAUGUGGAGACAGAAGGAUGUGGACAAGGACUGGACGUCAGUGACCGUGGCCAACGUCUCCAAGUUCAUGGUCUCUGGGAUGCCCACCUUCACACCAUACGAGGUCAAGGUUCAAGCCAUCAACGACUACGGGAUUGGACCUGAGCCAGCUGUGGUCACCGGACACUCCGGAGAGGACUUGCCGUUGCAGGCUCCAGACAGUGUCCAGGUCCUAGUGUUAAACAGCACCCUGGCUGAGGUGCACUGGGAGCCUGUCCCCCCGAAGACAGUACGGGGACUUCUCAAGGGAUACAAGGUGUAUUACUGGCGUGAGCGGAGCCUCCACAAACACAACCCCCACCACGUGAAGCAGCAGGUUCUGACCUUCAGUGGGAACAAGAGUCAUGGCAUGCUCCCCGGCCUGCAGCCCUACAGCCUCUACCUGUUUAACGUCAGGGUCUACAACAGCAAGGGGGAGGGCCCCGCCAGCUCCACCCUGCAGUUUGAGACCCCCGAAGGAGUUCCUGGGCGGCCAUCUUUCCUGAGGAUCACCAACUCUAACCUGGACUCUUUGACUCUGGAAUGGGGUCCUCCCAACGACCACAACGGACACCUCACCGGCUACACCCUGAAAUACCAGCCAGUCAAUAGCUCCAACGAGCUGGGUCCGAUGGAAGAGCUGGCCCUGCCGGCCAACAAGACCUCUGUCACGCUCCCCAACCUCAAGUACAGCACUCGCUACAAGUUUUAUUUCAAUGCCAAAACAGGCCAGGGAGCAGGGCCCGUCAUUACAGAGGAAGCCGUCACUAUUAUGGACGAAGUCCUAAUGUAUCAGCCUUCAGUAGACAAGGUUGGAGGAGGGAACACCCAAACCCAACCCUCACCUCCCAUAGCAGGGUCUCCUCCUCCUCCACGCCACCCAUUCCACAAGGUGCAUCCAGCUGCUCCGGCAUUCGGGAACGUUAGCUCUUCCGUGGGAGAGGACGGAACGCUUAUCAGUUGGGAGUACUGGGGAGCGGAAAAACAUGUUUAUGUAGAAUAUAUAGUUAAGAACGACAACAGUGAAGAGGACUGGCAGAAAGAGUAUGUAAAUUGCUCUCAGGCCUAUGUGCUGAAGGGCUUAAAGGAGGGCCUGUCCUAUAGGGUACGCGUGGUUGCCAAGGGUCACGACGACCAAGCGGUGCUCCACCAAUCAGAGGAGCUUUUGGUGACCGUUCCAGCUGUACCAUCCAGACAGGUGGACAUCGCCACCCAGGGAUGGUUCAUCGGUCUGAUGUGUGCCAUCGCUCUCCUCAUCCUCAUCCUCCUCAUCAUCUGCUUCAUCAAGAGGAACAAGGGAGGCAAAUACCCAGUGAAAGAAAAAGAGGACGCUCACACAGACCCAGAGUUCCAGCCCAUGAAAGAGGAUGACUGUACUUUUGGGGAAUACAGUGACACUGAGGACCAUAAGCCGUUAAAAGGGAGCCGCACACCUUCUUACAGGACGGUGCACAGGGACAACAGUGACGACAGUUUAGUUGACUAUGGCGGCGAUGGCGGAGACGGACAGUUCAACGAGGAUGGGUCUUUUAUUGGACAGUAUAGUGGAAAUAGCUCCACCAGGGAAACUGCUGUGGGUCACGAGCACUCUGAGGCCCCCUCCCCGGUUAAUACAACCGCUAUGAAUUCCUUUGUGUAGCCAGUCAACCGGUCAGCCAGGCCACUAGGUGGCGCUACAUUAUAUUGAACUUUUUGUGUGUCGGCAGAAAAAUGGACAGCCAGGCCACUAGGCGGCAUUGCAGAUACUGAUAUUUUUUGGGUAGUUAAUUAGACGUUUAUCCUCCCAGCCUAUAGGAGACGCUGCGGUGACUGUUCCAUCCCCCAUCUCACAGGGCUGUCCAAUCACAUCAUUGUGUGGCUUAUCAUCAUCAUCAUCACAUGCCCCACCCAUCUGCACCCAGAACCACCUAUGAGAACCACACUACUGUCACAGACACAUAAGAGACACAUUGGAGAUACUAGAUACUCCUGGAGGACUACGAUUCUAAUACAGUGCAUGGAAAUCCUGAAAUUAUGUACAACCAUAUAUUAACACAUUGAGAUGAAUGCUGAUUAGUAUAUUACAUGGAAGAUAUUGUCUAUCUUGGACUACUAUACGGUUCACAUUUGAAUUAUUUACCAUAUUGUUUUUCCAGUCAAAGCAUUAUAUUGAUAUUAUUGUGUAUGUUAGAGAUACUUUAAUACACCAUAAAGAGGCAUCAAUGUCUUUGUGGACAUAGUGGUGAAAUGUGUUACUAAAUGUACGGCUAUUAUUCUAUGGAUUUUUUGCAAGACAGGGGCAGUUUGUACAGUUUAUACAGUUGUUGUUGCAGAAAGGUUGAAUUUACAGUCACAUAGUGAAAGGUUGAAUUUACAGUAACAAUGGUUGGAUUUACAGUAACAAUGGUAAAGGUUGAAUAUACAGUCACAUAGUGAAAGGUUGAAUUUACAGUAACAAAGGUUGGAUUUACAGUAACAAAGGUAAAGGUUGAAUAUACAGUCACAUAGUGAAAGGUUGAAUUUACAGUAACAAUGGUUGAAUUUACAGUAACAAAGGUAAAAGUUGAAUAUACAGUCACAUAGUGAAAGGUUGAAUUUACAGUAACAAAGGUAAAGGUUGAAUUUACAUUGCAGGAUUUUGUACAGUAUGUAUAUCCAGACAGAGAGCUCCUAAAAGUAUUCUUCUUUUGCCUAAAAAAUCAAUACUUCAAACAGCCUCACCAGUGGAGGCUGGGGUCACUUUAAAUCUGAGGACAGACUCACUGUAAUGGCUCGAAUGGAAUUCAUGGAACGGUAUCAAACACAUGGAAACCACCAGCCUCCACUGGUCCUCACAUGCCACCUUUGUUUUGAUCACUGAGAAUGCAAAUUCUGAUGUGAUACGUGCUCUCAUGACAUCAUCCUCAUGACCUUUGACCUGCAUGUGACAUCACUUCCUGUGGUUGCACCUCACAUGAUCUCACCUGACGCUGACCUUAUGGCUCUUCCUGUCCAACUCCAGCUUUUCUUUUGCUUUGCUUUGUAAUGUUCAUUUGUGAUGCUUCAUGGCCUUCAGCAGUAGUGUGCCUCAGAACUCGGAUUCAGUUCAGUCUAGAUUUAUUUAAAAAAUACUGUUUUACCCAGAGUUCAGUGAGUGGAAUGGGCACAAAGCCAGAGGACGGUGAAGUCACACUCUUGGGGAUGAUGAGUUCAGUAGGGAGGGAUGGAAGGAUGGAGGACAUCAUGAAGGAAGGAAUAAUUCAUUUAGUCAUCUUUUAAAAAGCUUCCCAGUGGUUUUUCUCAGAUAUGGGAUUUAUUUUCCUUCCAACAAGCGGCAAAGGGCAGUCAUAUUGGACACGGUAAAAUCAUUUUAUGUUUACAAUUCUUUGCCGUUUUCAAAGGUUCUGGUCAUCUAUGAAGUCUUUGUAAUUCUGCCGUGCGCGUGUGCAUGUGUGUGUGCUGUUGUUGAGGGGAUAAUAUUCAUGCUAGGAAAGAGGUGCUCACUUGUACAGUACGUUUGAGGGCCUUUGAAGGGAUCGCAAGUUCUUUUUUUUCUUAACUUGCAUCAAGUUUUACGUGUUUUUUUUUUUUUUUUUUUUUACAGAAAUGUCUAGUCUUGGUUGAAUUUGUAAAUAUAUACUUUUGACUGUACAGAGAAACACAGCGCUUAAAGGGAUGGUUCACCUAAAUUACAAAAUUCGAUGACAACCUGAAAGGAAGAGCUGUGCAUGAGAUAGUUAUACUUGUUGGGGAGAGCUGUGUUCAAUAUAUACAUUUUCUGUUUGUAUUUCUUUUUUCUUAGCUGUGAACAUUGUACAUUAUUGUAACUAACAGGAAAAGAUGUUGCCCAUGAAUUCAAAUUUGAAUUGUUUUCAUUUGUCAGCUAUAGUUGUGUGUUUCUGAAAUGUCACUUCUCUGUAUUAUAUGAAACCAUACAGUACUCCGUAAACAUUGAGAUAUAAUGUACUUUGGAGUGUUAGAUAAGUACUAUAAUGUACUAUAACAUUGUGGUAUUAUGCUGUAUGUGGGUUAUUAUAUGAGCAGCACAAGGUCUGCCAAACUCAUCCACUUUGUGACAGUAUAGCAAAAUGGUUGUAUUCUCAUUCAAAAAACAGUUUCAAGGUUUUUACUAACAAUGUAUGUCUCUUUUCAUUUCUAUUUAAGUUUCUCCACUUAGUGAACUGGAAAUAUAAUGAAUGAAUAAAAUAUAAUUAUCUGCA